GGUAUCCGAUUGCGGUGUGUUGCGCCUUCGGAACUUCUUUUGUAAAUAAACAGUGGCGGUUGAAGUGAAUUCGAGUUGAGGUUGUGCGGUUGUUUAUUGUGUGUGUUAACGUCUCGGUGUUGGAAUAUUUGCAAUGGGUGUAACAGUCUUACAGCAAUUUCCAAUGGUUGAGAAUCGCACAGGACCACAAACUAUAGAAUUCCUUACAAAGCGAAUCGUUGCUCUUGGCGCAGUUCAAGUUGGACACUUCCUUGUUGACUGCGAGACAUACAUGUCAGUGCCCACCUUAGGUCCGCAGCGCACCGUGCACGUGCUGCACAACAGCGAGCACCCGGCCUCCGUGUUCUCCGUCCUGGAGACGGGCAGCAAGACGGUCACCCUGCUCGCCGACUCGCUGUUCGACCUGCUCAUGCUCAAGAUGACCUCCGUCUACACCAAGAAGCAGACCAAGAUAGAGUCCAAGGGUCCGCGCUUCGAGCUCGCCGACUUCCUCGUCAAGCUGGGCACCGUCACCAUGAGCCAGAACUUCAAGGGCGUGCUUGUCGAGGUGGAGUACCGGCCGUGCGUCGUCCCCGGCAGCUGCUGGGACCUCAUCCGCGAGUUCCUGCAGGGCUUCCUGGGCUCCUCAGUGCAGGCCACUCCGCCACCCUACCUGCAGAACCGGAUGAACGACAUCUACCAGCCGACUGACACCACCCACCAGUAUCUGGAGCAGUUCGCCGCCUACCGCAAGACUGCCAGCGUCUUGUAGCCGCCUUUCGCUUCAGUACAGUGUUUUCAGUCUACUGUCACUUUAAGAUUAAUCAUUGUGCCAAGGAGUAAAGCAAAAUAAAAGCAGGCACCCGAGAAAAAAA